UGUGGCGCUAGCUAGCCGGCAAGCUGUCGGUGUUAUUUGUUUGCCUUUUUUAUUUUAUUUGGGGGAAAUUAACACACCGCUCCACCACCCCGUUUUCACCGGGCUAUACGUACAUCGAAAUGCCGGUUCACUCCCGGGAGAAGAAAGAGAGUAACCACGAAGAAAUGGAGGUGGAUUUUCCCGAGCAAGACGGCAGCAGCACAGACGAAGAGGACACCGUUAGCUCGUCCGUGUCUGAAGAUGGAGACAGCUCGGAGAUGGACGAUGAAGAUUGUGAGAGGAGGAGGAUGGAGUGCCUGGAUGAGAUGACCACCUUAGAAAAACAGUUUACAGACCUGAAAGAGCAGUUGUACAAGGAGCGACUGAGCCAGGUGGACAUCAAGCUGCAGGAGGUCAUGGCUGGCUGUGCCCAAGAGUACCUGGAGCCUCUGGCCAACCUGCAGGAGAACAUGCAAAUCAGGACCAAAGUGGCAGGGAUCUACAGGGAGCUGUGUUUGGAGUCAGUGAAGAACAAGUAUGAGUGUGAGAUCCAGGCCGCCUGCCAACACUGGGAGAGUGAGAAGCUCCUGCUGUUUGACACGGUGCAGAGUGAACUGGAGGAGAAGAUCAGAAGACUGGAGGAAGACCGACACAGUAUUGACAUCACCUCCGAGUUGUGGAAUGAUGGAUUGCACUCACGGAAAAACAAGAAAAAAGAUCCAUUCUGCCCUGUCAAGAAGAAGAAGCCUGUUGUUGUCUCUGGGCCUUAUAUUGUUUACAUGCUGCAAGACCUGGAUAUUCUUGAAGACUGGACUGCAAUAAGAAAGGCAAUGGCAUCACUAGGCCCACACAGGGUGAAGGUCGAUGUCCCUGCAGUGAAGCCUGACAGGCAUCACCAUGUGGCGCGCUCCGAGGACGGCCGACUCUUCUAUGACAACCAGUGGUACUGCAGAGGACAGGCCAUCUGUAUCAACAGAAAGGACGAGUACCCAACUAGUGCCAUCAUCACCACCAUCAACCAUGACGAGGUGUGGUUCAAACGACUGGAUGGCACGAAGUCGAAGCUCUACAUUUCCCAGCUGCAGAAAGGCAAAUACACCAUCAAGCACUCUUAAACACACAUACACACACACACACACACACACACACACACACACACACACACACAUGGAAGGUUGCAAAAAGCUUACCAUUUAUACAAACACACACACACACACACACAUCCCAAAAGGAUUUUCAGUAUAAAAUUGACAAACAUGUAAACACACUCAUACAUAUACCUCACUCCCCUCUUCGUAUGAGUAACAGAAAAGGAACUUCUAUCUAUCAGCUGACAAAUAUCAACUGACCCCUUGAUGGAUUAAGGAGACGAUCUUCUCUGUAAAUAUGUAUGUAUGUUGAUAUUCUCGAUGAGGUCACAAAGUGUCAUUUUCUCUUCAACGGAGAUCAAUGCAAAGUGCUGCUAAAAACAAAAAAAAAGGAGGGAAAAUAACGGAGCAGUGGUGAACUGUGAACCGCCGAGCUGAGUAGCGUGCCUUUCUGAGACAAGACGAUGCCUAGGCUGAAAAAGUCCUGAACUAUCAAUGCAGUGAAGCCUUACUCUGCACUGUGCUUAUAGCAGUAAGAGGAUUGAAAGCAGGUCAAAGCGGGUCAGUGAGUGAGUGAGUGAGAAAACCUUCUGAAUUUAAGCACGUAUGAUCCAGGUGAAGAUGACAUCAGCAGUGUGUUGAUGUGCGUCUCCGGAUGCACCAGGUAGACUUGAGUUCCACCUUCCAAGAUGCCCAAAUAAGUUUGUGUAAAAAAUCCCCAGGGAUCCCAGUCUGCGUAGAUAUUAGAUAUAAGUUGGUACAGAAUUGCACGGCUGUGUAUGUCAUAGAUGGAGGAUGAAAACAUUGAUCGUUGAGUGAAUUAAUUUAUUGUGGGGGGAAAAAAAUAAUAAUUCCUUAAGAGCCCCACUUGGGAAGCUGCUGGACAAAAAAAAAUUUAGGCUAAUGAUGUAAUGUUUGAGAGCAAUUUUGAAAGCUGCAUUUUAAGUGCAAACCCAGUUCAGCCCAGUGUGCUAUGUUUAAAACAAAAAAAAAAAGAAAGAUAAAAUAAGAAGCCUAUUGUAUUAUUAACAUAUAAUAAAAGAGGUUGUCCAUUAUUUGGAACAGAGCUGAGCUGAAAACAGUAAUGCUGAUAAAUAUGAUGAUGUGUUUUGUGUUUACGUCACUGUGAUCUCAGCCCUGUAGCUCUCUUCCUUCUGUCUCCUGUCAUGCUGCCAUGUGUCUGAUAGUGCCUACAACCUGACAUUUAUGGCAGGACCUGAUGGGUUUAGGUCAGGCUGACUUUUUUUCAUUUAACUGCUUGAGUUGUGUUGGGCUCAUGCUAAAAAAAAAAAAAAAAAGUUAAUCUGAUAGUAAUAUUUGUUGUAUAAAAGAGGAUCAUUUACAGUGUCGGGCUUUAGUUGGGUUUAGGCUCACAAAAUCAUAUUCCAGAGGUUUUGUUGGUAAUCUUUUGUUGGUGUGAAGGGUAUGAAGGGCGGAUUCGAGUGAAGCCAGGCUCAACUUUCCAACUCUCGUAGUGCCAUUUUUCUCUUUUUGUCAUCAUCUUCCUGCCUUCCAUGCCUGCUAUAAUUCAAUAACCUGAAAAGAUUGGUUGUCAAGUCCUGCAGUGGAAACUUUAUAUCUAUGCUGGAAAGUCAAAUGUAUCUCUUCUAUCUUGUCAUCUUUCCUUGUCUUUGUUCCUUUACCUUGAUAACCCACUCUGUCUUUCCCCACUGCCGGUGCCAGCUCUUCCACUCCUCACAUCAGGCAGCAUGUGUAGGGCCGCCUCCCGCCUGGUGAUGAGCAAGGCUGUGAUCACAUAGGACGUGCUCUUGAACAUGGCUGCACCAUUUCUUCACUCGGCUUCCGUGGUUUUGUUUGUAACCUCGCACAGCCAGCUGAUCUCAUGACCAUUAAAUCAUGUUUAUUGAUCACUUUAUUGUGUACAUGAUGGUAUCCGUGAGAAAAAAAAUCUUCAUAUUAAUUUGAUUCACAAAACUAUCUGGCCAUGCUUCAACCAAAGCAUCAUUGGAAGCCACCUUAGGCCAGUCAGCAUCUUUUGUAUGAUGUACACACAUACAGUUUACAGUGCAUUGAAUAGGAAAAGUGAAACAAUAGGAUCACCUGCUACAUAUUUUUGUAAAUGCCUGUUGCUGCCUUUCCUUUUCCAAAUGGUUUGAACCCAGCAGCCCAGGCUCUACUUGUAGAAGUUAACAACCGAAAGACAUUCACAGUGUGGCUGUGACUAGCACACUUGGCAUAUUUUCCGGCACUUCCCUGGACACGUUAAGUUGAACACAUCAUGUCUCGUCCGUUUUUCUAAAACAAUGUCACGGUCCUUGCGCUCAGUGAACUGUUUACAAGUCCGCCUUGUGCUGGGUGUCCCAUGUCAUCACAGCCUAGUAAGUCCAACAUGCCUCAGUCUUCAUUGCUGCUUUCUAAGACUGCCCCAGGCUUCUUUUACGAUACAUUUCGGGUACAUUUUGAAAAUGUAUAAUUAUACUGAUUCUGCUGUUCUUGUCCCGUGCGCUCUGUUGCACUCUUACAGCUCCUCGAGGCUUUAGGAGCAUGUGUCUUAGCCCAUGGAUGGCCGACAUGCAACAUUCAGCUGCCAUAAAUGCUGAAAUUUUAGCUUUCCAAUAGCGCUGGCCGAUAUAUAUCUGUUAUACCGAUAUUGUGGUAUGAGACAAGGUGUCUUCUGGGAUUGUGGAUAUCAUAAUGACCUUAGAGCCCUCCAGUUGUCUGAGCAUAAUAUCCACAUUACGAGUAACUGCCACACAGUUCUUGUGUGUAAAUAUCCUAUCAAAGCACCAAAAGUCAUUCCUACACUAUCAAAAGUCAAAGAUAUUGUCAUAUUUAGUUUUGUCUGUAUUGCCCAGCCCUACUUUCUGAUGUAGAAAACAGAAUUAUGUUAUUAUGAACUCAAAUUCAUCAUAAAUUUAAAUAUCAUAAAUAUUCAAGUUUAUUAGACUGACAAUAGCCUGUUGACAUUUAAGUGUGGAAAGUAUGGACACCACUAUGAAGAGACAAAAACCUUCAUCAGUACCUCAGUUUUAAUGACACAACGGACAGCUGAUUGGUUGUAUCGACAACAGAAAUUGUGCUGCAGUUACUCGACAGUCGUGAGGGCAAAGCGUUGUUCUGGCUUAAGUUUAAAACUUAUGAUUGGGAGGCCAGCAGUAUGGCAGCAUUACCGUCUUACAUCAUCACCAGGCUGAAGGGAUCCCGCAGCUGCCACAUGAUGUGUGUUCUGGAGGAACUGGUGCUGCUGUUAUUUAUGACUGCAGCACUUUGUAUUUCACUUUUUUUUUUUUUUUUUACUUGAUUUACUGUCAGUAGGUUUUCUUGAUUUUCUUUAACACGCCCACCUGUGAUGACUCUCCCUGUGGCGCUCCCUGAGACUUUUGUACACGGGGCCUCUGAUCAGUUAGAGCCGCUUCUGCAUGUUUCCCUUUGUCUUCUUCUUUUCUGUCUCUAAAAAUUUCUUGAGCACUGGCGUGUAAGAGUAAACUGAGAAGGAACUGUUGAGGGUAUUUCUCUUUUGUACAAUCCGUCCAUUGGAACCAUAUCAUGUUAUUGUUUAUAAAGAAAGUUGAGAGAAGUGUCUGUAUGUGUAAAUAUGCUUGGUUUGAUGAAAUGGAUGUUUUUGUUUUUGUUUUUUUUAUGUUGUGAUUCCAGUGCUUAAAAUUUCAGCAGCGCAUAUUUUUUUCAAAGUAUUACCUGCCAACAGUAUUGUAAUUACAGGUGCUUGGGAUAUUAUGUCAUGAACUUCAAAGGUAUUCAAGUAUCUGUGAAGACUAAUGCGGCACUGAUAUCAACUGUAAAGUAGAAUUUUUAAUAGUUUCUUGCAAGUUUUGUUUUGUUUACCUUUUUUUUUUUUUUUUUUUCUCGCAUAAAAACAUUUUUAUGCAUCAUGGUUCUUUUCCCACAUUGUGUGAGAGACAAAGAGGAAUACAUGUGACAUUGUGCCAAUGCAUGUACAGCUAAUAAAAGAUUUCAUUUGUAUCA